UUACAUUCAUGAGGGCUCAUCGGUCAACUUAUGGCUGGAUGGAUGACAGAAUAAGGUGACCAAGACGUCAGAUCCGUCACAAUAUAGCUGCUAUAUCACAAAAAAGUGAGAGGCCAGUCGCUGUUUCACACCCAUCAGACCCAUAUCCUCGCCAUUGUUAUCCAACUCACCAUGGUCAAAAAGCUCAAGCUCUCCACUCACCAAUGGGCCAACCACAAACAUCACCACAUUCCGCCGUGGACUCAACCCCCGGACACUAUUGCGCUCGACAAAGCGCUCACCGAAACAUUCAAUCAAGUCCACCAGGCGUCCGAAAACCCAGCAACAGAUCCCAUCGUCAUUCACAUCCAGUCCGCCCAGAUGCGGUACAUUAACGUUAUUCAAACUGACGGUACCAGAGGACUUCCCUCUAUCCGCAUCACGUUGGUCCCCUCACCCAAAGCUCACGAUAUUCAAACCCUCCACAACGCGCUCGAAAGCGACUUGGAAAUGCGCAGAGUGGUGUAUGAGUACCGGGAGCGGUUCGUUAAUAAGAAAGAAUGGUACAAGUAUGGUGUUUUGAAAAACUUUUUGGGAAUUGAUGAGAGGAAUCUGAGACUUUUGAGGAGGGCUCUCCGGAAUUUGGAGAAGGCUUUGGAGGUUCAAAAUGAGCAAGCAGAGAAUGAACCCGUGCAGCAUAAAGAGAUUAGUCAAGAAAAGAAAGGGGAAGUUUUUGCUAGGGAAGAAUGAGUCAUGUUUGUAGCAGAGCAAAACUCACUUCGGAAUAACUACCAUCUAUUGUCACAA